AUGAGUAGGAGCAUCUAAAGGUAUAACAUCCUCAACUUUCACUGCACUGAGCUGUCCGGCUUGGGAAUUGAUUUUGUAAAUCCAUGGGCCACACCAUCCUUCCUGGAACAAAGCAAUGACUUCGUAGUCCGUGGAGUCAUUAAUCGUUCGUUUUUUUGCUUCCAUUAACUUUUUGGGAACCAUGAAGCGACCAGAUCUGACGUUCUUGUUGAUUACCGUAGCCGCAGCAUCCCACGCCAUGCCCUAAAUAAAGGAUAA